AUGCACGCUUUCCUUUCUCCACCAAUUUCUGUUUCAACAGCGCACGCAUUCGCCGCGUUCUUCUCCUUCUCAUACGUCGGCUCCCUAUACCUUUCCAAGAGCGCGCGGCUCAAGUUCGACAAGAACGCGAAGCCCAAGUCAGAGAGUGAAGAACGAGAGAGGAGGAACGACGAGCGGUGGAGAAACGAUCCGGACGUGAUCAAGGCACGUCUCCUCGCCGCGAGCGUGAGCACUACGCUGAGUGUAUGUGCGGUGUUUUGGCUCGUGAAGAGCCUCAUCCCCGAAGCCGACAUUGCUGCCGAUCCUUCAGCCCCCUUGCAGACUGGCCUGGCCAGGCUCGGGCUCACUUUCACAAUCGCGCAGGACAACCCCUUCGCCAUCAUCCUCCCGUGUCUUGUCGCCCCCGUGCUCUACUUCGGGCCACUAUAUGCCGAGUUUCUCUCGGAAGAGCUGCCUUUUCAGCGCAACUUCUCCUUUGCGACGCACAUCAAGCCCACCUUCUUCUCUUGGGUCGGGCUGAGGAACCAUGCCAUCGGCCCUAUCACAGAAGAGAUCGUUUUUCGCGCCUGUGUGCUGUCGGUUUAUCAUUUGUCGGGCGCGUCGACGAUGAAGAUGAUCUUCCUCUCUCCGCUCGCAUUUGGCGUAGCCCAUCUCCACCACGCCUGGGACACCUACAACCGAUAUGGCAGGACGCGAAGCGCGUUGCGCGUCGCUGGGGUACAAACGUUAUUCCAGCUGGCGUACACGAGCCUCUUCGGGUUCCACUGUGCAUACCUCUUCCUGCGCACAGGCUCGCUCCUCCCGCCGACGCUCUCGCACAUGUUCUGCAACGUCAUGGGCUUGCCGCAAUAUGGGACGCACGUCGCAAAGUUCCCAUCCCGGAAGCUCGCGGUGCAGGCAGCGUACUUGGCGGGGGUUGCCGGAUACGUGUACGCAAUGCGGGCGUGGACCGGCGCGGACGCGAGCGUGUACUGGGGCGUGGUCGGACCGGACGGUGCUGGCCGCUACUAG